GGGGAGCGGGUAGGAUCCGCUCGGAGACACCCCCUGCCGGGGGUUCCGGAGGUGGGGUGGCCGCGUUUUGGGGCGAUUUUGGGGCGAUUUUGCGGACCGGGAGCCCCGCGGAGAGAAGCGAAGCGCGGCGCCGGGGAAGUUUGGCCGCUGCGCCGCCCCGUCCGUCGCCACGGCAACCGGCGUGCCCGCCAUGGCGGCGCCCAGCGUGUUCCUGCUGGCCGUGAGCGGCGAGAUCGAGAGCGGGGAGUUCCCGGGAUUCGAUGACCUCUACUGCAAGUUCUCCUUUGUCUACGGCCCGGACUGGGUCCCCACGGCGGGCCUGGAGGAGGGGAUCUCGCAGAUCACCUCCAAGAGCAGCGUCUCGCCCACCACGCUGGUCUGGAACUUCCCCAUCGACAUCACCUUCAAGAGCACCAACCCUUUUGGCUGGCCUCAGAUUGUGCUCAGUGUCUACGGGCCUGACUUCUUUGGCCAUGAUGUGGUCAGAGGUUAUGGAGCUGUCCACGUGCCCUUCGUGCCAGGCAGGCACAAAAGAACCAUUGCCAUGUUUGUCCCAGAGUCCACCUCGAGGCUGCAGCAGCUCACAAGCUGGUUCACGGGGAGGCGCCCGGAGUUCACAGACCCCAGGGUGGUGGCGCAGGGAGAAGGACGGGAAGGAGAACGGCACCAUCUCCCUAAAAGGGAAUCACCGAGACCUCCAAGUGUAGAAAUCCCAGGAAAAACACCCAGGGAUGAACCACAAACCCUCCAGGACACAGCUCAACAAAACACCUGGGCACAGAUUGUUCCUGACCCGCAGUGGGAUGGAAUAAAUUUAAUUUCUGAAAACAUAAAGUGAUCACUGGAACGUUGC